CAUCCGAAGCCACCGGAAGUGUGAGUUAUCUGUCCCCGCCCCGGGAGCUCAGUCAAUCCAACCUGAAGAGAAGGCGAGUCCACGGCUAAAAAUAUAAUAGCUAACACAAGAUGGCCGGUUUGCCUCGUAGGAUUAUAAAGGAGACACAGCGGUUGAUGGCAGAGCCCGUUCCAGGGAUCACGGCUACGCCUGACGAAGGGAACGCACGCUACUUCCAUGUGGUCAUCGCGGGGCCUCAAGACUCUCCUUUUGAAGGAGGCACAUUUAAACUUGAACUAUUUCUUCCAGAAGAGUAUCCCAUGGCAGCUCCCAAAGUGCGAUUCAUGACCAAAAUCUAUCACCCCAAUGUCGACAAACUGGGAAGAAUAUGUUUAGACAUUUUGAAAGACAAGUGGUCUCCAGCCCUGCAGAUCCGUACAGUGUUGCUAUCUAUCCAGGCGUUAUUAAGUGCUCCCAAUCCAGACGACCCCCUGGCAAACGACGUCGCAGAGCAGUGGAAGAAAAACGAAAGCCAUGCCAUCGAGACAGCCCGAACAUGGACCAGGCUCUACGCGGGCAACACUGAAGUAUAGAAGAAACGAGACGAGGCGCCUGAAUGUGAUCUACAAAAAUGUACUCCUAUUCUGUCAACAUUUGAAUUUAACGGACACAAAAAAAAAGAGAAAAAAAGAAAAAAAGAUUAUAAGUCCAAAAUCUAUUUGAAAGAAAUGACGAGAUUUACUGCUGCAAACCUCUGGGUGACUUAUUUUCCUCUCUAAGACGCGUUAAAUGUGUGUUAGCCUUUUUUGUUUUUCCUGUGUUGCUAUUUAAAUGCAUGGACAGAGAAUGACACCCUCCCCACUACAGUCUUAAAACCAAUCACAUGCAAUAUGUCGUCCCGAACUGGGCGCAUACUGGUACGUUUGCAAAAUAUACAUGCAUUAAAGCUGUCCUUCUUUUAACACGUGCAUCAUUUGUCAGCACAUCUGUAUGUCUUUUUGUGUUAUUUCAGCACAUAGAGAGUGUACAGCUGUCUCCACUUCGUAGUAAGCAGACCAAAAAAAAAAUAAAAAAUCUGAAUGGCGAGCUUUCCCCACUUCACGUCCAACCACGAGGUUAGUUCGAGUUCCACUCCGGUGAGUCUGUGCUUUAUAGCACUUCACAACACUGAGCAUUUAGUAGGAUGUGCAGCUCGGCAUCGUCCCAGGAGCACACGGAGGGGCACUUGAUACUAAACACAGUGUGUUCAUUGCACAGAAAAACUGAUCCUAAGGCACGGAAAUUUUAGGCAUUGAAAUAUAACCCCAAGAAAACUAACUAUGACCGCACCUUUUUAUUUAUAGCCAACGUUUUUACUGUAAAAUACAUUUUCAAGCUGACAAAUUUGCCGGUAACAGCAUUUAAAAAGCAUUUAACCGAUUAUUAGUGUAAAUUUGUGGUUGCAGCAGAUGUAAUCUUGCCUUUAUUAUCAUUAUUUGCAUCUUAACUUUGCUCUUAGGUUGAUUUAAAAAAAAAAAAUAGAAUUAUGUUUAAAAUAAUCCACAAUCUGCUAAUUUAACGUGUUCAUAGUCGGAAAGUUAGAAUGAAAUCUAAUCCCGGGUGUUAUGCUUUUCUCAGCUAUCAGUCUCCAGCCCCCCGGGGUUGACCGUUUGGGGAGGGUGAGUCGAGUACUUCCUCAUGCUUAAAAAAAAAAUAAAAAUAAGUCAUUCGCAGCACAUUGAGAAAGGUAGAGCGACGCAGAACUCUUUGUGUCCGCGUGUGGUAGGAGAUUAAAAUGUGUUGUAAAUGACGUCAUUUUUUCUUUCUUUUUAAGAGUGUAGGAAGUUUUUAUUUUCCUCUUCUUUUUUUUUUUUUUUUAAACUGUCUGUCCAUGCUAUAUAUGUUGCCUGGUGUCUAUUUUAUUUCCAGUGUUACUUCAUUAAAAAAAAAAAAGGCAUAACCAAACUGAUUUCAGGACGGUUUCAAACUAGUCGUCAUCUCGGGUGUUUGUGGCAUUGAGCAGUUUUUUUGUUUUCUGUUGUUUUAUUUUUUGUUUUGUUUUGUCUUUUUUAAGGGUUUCUCAGAGAGUUGUUCUCCCUGCUUUUGCUCUUUCAUUUGAUGACUGAUGUGUGAUGAUUAUUCAAGUGCAUUUAAUCGAAUCCCGAGGGGAAAAUUUGGUCGUUGUCGUAGCAGAGGAAAAAAAAAAGAAAAGAAAAUGUGACAAAUAAAACAAGUUAAAGAUA